CUCGGCAUUCAAAACCAAAAAAAAGAGAGUUAUCCAAGUCAUAGCCUCUCUCUCCCUCCCUCUUUAAUAAUUCACAAAUAUCAAACAUCCUGUUGCAGAAGAAGCAAAAAUACCGGGAGAGAAAAGGAGGCGAAGAAAUAGAGAUGGGGAGAGGGGAAGAGAGAGAUGAGGAGGAGGAAGGUGUAAUGGCAACCGACUUCUUCUGGUCCUACACAGACGAGCCUCACGCUUCCAGGAGGCGCCAAAUCCUCUCUCAGUACCCUCAAAUCAGAGACCUCUUUGGCCCUGACCCUUGGGCAUUCCUCAAGAUUGCCGUGGCUGUUUUACUACAGCUUUGGGUUGCUACGUUGCUUUGCAAUGCAGGCUGGUUGAAGAUAUUGGUGAUCGCCUAUUGCUUUGGAUCUUUUCUGAACCAUAAUCUUUUCUUAGCAAUACAUGAGCUCAGCCACAAUUUAGCCUUCUCAACUCCAGUCUAUAACCGUUGGCUAGGGAUGUUUGCUAACCUACCCAUUGGUGUGCCUAUGUCUGUUACUUUUCAAAAGUAUCACCUUGAGCACCAUCGCUUCCAAGGAGUAGAUGGCAUAGAUAUGGACGUCCCAAGCCACACAGAAGCCCAUCUUGUGACGAAUGCCGUCGCAAAAUCUAUAUGGGUUAUCCUCCAACUCUUUUUCUAUGCCUUCCGACCUCUUUUUCUCAAACCAAAGCCACCUGGUUAUUGGGAGUUCAUCAAUUUCUCAAUUCAGAUCGCUCUCGAUGUCACCGUGGUUUAUUUUUGGGGGUGGAAAUCUUUUGCUUAUUUGAUCCUCUCCACUUUUGUUGGGGGUGGGAUGCACCCAAUGGCUGGUCACUUCAUUUCAGAGCACUACGUAUUUAAGCCGGACCAAGAAACAUAUUCAUACUAUGGUCCCCUCAAUCUUCUAACAUGGAGUGUAGGGUACCACAAUGAGCAUCAUGAUUUCCCAAGAAUCCCUGGGAGCAAACUUUACAAGGUGAAGGAGAUUGCACCAGAAUACUACGAUGGUUUAGCGUCGUACAAAUCUUGGAGCCAGGUCAUAUACAUGUAUAUUAUGGACCGGACAGUUGGACCCUUUAGCCGAAUGAAGAGGAAGGUAUCAAAUACUGCAAAGAAAUCUGAAUAGGUGUUUGAAGCUGAGUUGUUUUUUUUUCUCCCUCCAUUUAUUUGUUCCUUCUUUUCCUGGUCAUGGUGGGUUGCUCUUUUCCUUUUCCUUUUCAUAUUUUUAUACUAUUUGUAUUAUCUUCAAAGAACCAUUUUAGCUGUAAUUUAGACUGGAAAAGCGAGCUAAACUUUUCAUGAA